UUCAAGAUGGCCGGCGCGGCGGGCCCCUCCCUGCCGGGCUCCGCGUUCUGGAGCCGCGACUUUUCUGAUGAAGACCAGUCGGUGGUUUAUGUUCCAGGAAUCUCCACAGAAGGAAAUACAAGAUCGAGACUCAAGUUGAUAAAUUCAAAAGUGGAUGUUAAAGUUAAGGCUUCCAGGGUGACUGAUGCUUCUGUCUCCAUGGCGUCUUUAAAAGGUGCUGGAGAUUCAGUAGCCGAACAGAAUUUCUGCAAGAGAGGAAUGAAGAGUGCAUCAUUGAAAGAUUUAUGCCUUGAAGACAAAAGACGCAUUGCCAACUUAAUUAAAGAACUGGCCAGAGUAAGUGAAGAAAAGGAGGUAACAGAGGAACGGCUGAAAACUGAGCAGGAAUCCUUUGAGAAGAAGAUCCGGCAGUUAGAAGAACAGAAUGAACUGAUCAUCAAAGAAAGGGAAGCUCUUCAGCUACAGUAUAGAGAAUGCCAAGAACUUCUAAGUCUCUACCAGAAGUACCUAUCGGAGCAGCAAGAGCAGCUUACCCUGUCCCUCUCAGAGCUUGGAGCUGCUAGAGCGCAGGAGCAGCAGAUAACCAAGAAGAAACACACUCCCCAGUGUUCAUUGAUGGACAUGGAUGGCUCCUUUCUGAGUGUAGCCAAACCACAAACCUAUGGUCAGACCAAGGCAAGGCCUAAGUCAGCAAACCACGUCUCAGCUUCAGAAUCCUUUACAGAAUUAAGGAAUAAUUCCUUGAAACCAAUAACACUUCAUCAUCCCAAAGAAGAUUUAGAGAGGAUGUCAACAAAAACCAGAACAUGUACUUAUGAAUCUCCGGGGAGGAGACUAAUAAAUGCAGCCCCAAUAGAGAAAGCUCUCCCAGAAGAGUUGGAGAUAAAGGAAUAUCCAAACCUUCCACCUACUCCAUCUAGUCAGUACUGUGGUAAUAAAUGCUCUGAAAGUGAAGCUUACGUUCAUGAGAACUAUCACCCUACAAACCUGGCCCCUCAGUGUUGUAAGACACAUCUAGAAUCUUGCAGUCAUUGUAGGAUUCCCUGGGCAUCUCAAAUGCAUGGUCGAGUGAUCCUGCAACCCAGAGAAACUGACAUUGAAAAACAACUCUCAGAAGACAGAAGGCAACAGCUGAUGCUUCAGAAAAUAGAACUGGAAAUUGAAAAGGAACGCCUGCAGCAUCUCCUGGCCCAACAAGAGACAAAGCUUCUCCUUAAACAGCAGCAGCUGCACCAAUCCCGACUAGAUUACAAUUGGUUAAGAACUCAAGCUAUGUUUAAAUCCCGAGAGCUGGUUGCUGGUAAAGAGUUUCCUAAACCUGAUCUGGAUAUGAAUGGGAGUGACUCUGGACCAAGCUUAUGGAAGCCAAAAUGUGAUGGAUGGCUGCGUGGAACCUCAACAUCCUUUAAAAAGUGCCCAGACUCUCCAAACAGUGGGCAAAACCAGAGGGAGAAGAAAACUGUUGAGUUUCAGUCACAUGUGGAGAAUGGUAUCCAGUGGGCUUGUCAACAGAAUGAUAUAUGCAGACCCCAGAGAGAGACAGUAACAGGAGUUAGAAAAGAUGCAUCCACAUCCCCUAUGUCAACACGAAGCCCUAAAGAACCCCCGACACCAGCCUCAUUAUCAUCCCAGCACAAAACCUCAAGGUAUGAGACAUCUCUUUUGGAUUUGGUUCAAUCUCUGAGCCCAAAUUCUGCUCCCAAAUCUCAGCCCCAUCCCUCCAGAGCAGCAGGGACAUGGACUACUCUCCGACCUACCCCUCAGAAAUCUAUCUGGAAGAAAGUGGGGACCCGUAGGAGCCCCGAAGAUCUGGAGGAGAAUCAGAUUCUGGAAGACAUCUUUUUCAUAUGACUCUGAAGCACAUACUACAGAAUUUCCACAGGAAAUACUUGGGUUCCUUUCCAUAUUGGUGUAGGAUGUCUCUCCUUUCAUGGAGACCUUUUGCUGGCACCCGUUUAUGGUAUUGAAUAUAGAAACCAUUCUAACACAUCAGGGUGGUUUUUUGUCAGACCGGUCAGCAGAAAGGACGUCACCUAGGGGUAGGAUCUUUUCUAUACCAAACAGAAAUCAGAAAUUUAGGAUACUUUCUGUGUGGCAGACUCUAUGAGUAUCUAGUGUCAUUUUAAGAGUGUUUUCAAUUUACUACUGCAAAAAGUUGACUCUUUACAGAAGGAAAAGCUUUCCCAUUGACAGACCUCUUAAAUAUGAAAGGGGCCACUUCUCUUCUCACUAACGCUAAGUGUGGCUCUUCAUUCUGAAAUUGAAGUUGAUGACCCUAGUAUCAUCUUACAUGGGACCAAUACUUGUGGGUCAUAGUGAUCACCAGCCUGGUCAUUGCCACCCCUUAAACCAAAAGGUUUAAUGACUUAGAGGGAAGUUCCCAACCAGAGAGUGGUAUUAAACUAACCACAUGUGGGAAUGGCUGCCUGGGGAAAUUUACCGGUGUCCAGGCAACCACCUCUCCAGUGUCCCAUGGUGGACGUUUCUUGUUGACUUCAAUGUCGGUGGUUCUUGUACAAUCUAUGGUUGUGUCUGAGGAAGAUGACACUAGAGAGAGAGUGGUAUCAAGUGGCUGCAGGUUGGCAGGCUCCUGCCCCCACCUCACUGCAUAAGGAUGAAUAAUUCUACCCUGAACACCCAUGGAUGCACCGAGUCGAAGAAAGCUCUGCUGAUUAUCCUUCCUGGCCCAGAUCUAAAUGUUUUCUCUUCAGGCUGAGCUCAGACCUUCUGCGUGUACUCAGGCUCCCCUCCCCUCGAGCCUCCCUAUCUCAUACUCUUCCUCUGAGGCAAAUGCAAGGGUAAGACUAAUUACUUGUAGUCAUUCCCUUUGGAAAUUGGAAGUUCAUUGCAGAUUCCAAUUUCCUUUUCAAAGUCACCCUGAGAGUAACUAGAAGAGGCUUGUUCCAUUUCAGAGCACCUUUAGGAUAUGCCUUUGGAGUGGUAGAAAUGGCCGUUUUCUCAGUUGCGGUUCCAGAACCAUCUCUUCUCUAUCUUGUGUGUCAGACAGCUUAACUAUGCCUAUUUCUUUAGCCCUGCUAUAACCGCAGUCACUGUUCUGAGCAUCAAUAGUCUCACUACUCCAUUAUGCCUCCAGAAGGAGAAGAAAGAGAAUCUGACCUCUUUCAGAAGAUUAUUUACCUGUAGAAGAGCUGUAAACAGCCUAAACACUAAAGGUUUUUUUGCAAUGGCAUGCCAGUGAAUAGAAUUUAAUUGCUUUUUCACCAACAUGGGAAGUUUGGAAGGGAAAAAGAGUUUUCAGGGGAGCAUCGGUCAACACACUUUUCAUACUUCAUGGCCUACCAGUACACACACACACACACACACACACACACACACAUGCACACACACACACAUACACACACACACAUAUAAAACCUAGUGACGUUGUUAUUGAGUGAAUGGUAUAUGUUAACAUUUUAAUAUGUAUUAAAUUUCCUUUGAGAUAGAUGUGUUGUUGUAGAGUAUUGGGGUUUGAGCUGAUGGUAGCCUAUCCCACAGAAGGAUGGGAAGAAAGGAGAAGCCACGGGACUCCCCUGAUUAUGCUCUCUUCAGUAGUUGGUUGGGACUUCUUUGGCCAGCCCCUAGAUGUUUUCUCAAAGCAAAACUGCACUCAAUAAUGAAAAUUUGGUUUAACAAGAUACACCAAAGUCACCAGAUAGGAGCAGUUCAAACCCAGAGGUGGAGAUGGGGGUCAUUGUCCUUUUCUUUAUUUCUCUUUCCUAUUUUGAGUCAAUGUCCAAACUCUCAAGACUCUUUUCUACUGUCUAGUUAUUAUUUAUCAGCCACAUGGAUUGGUAGCACAUGAGAGCAGUGGGAAGAAGGAAGGAAAGGAACCAUGCCUGAUUCUGUUUGCAGCCUUGGUACAAUCUCAUGUUGCACGCAGCUCUCUCAUAAAGGAGAAAAGGGGGGCCAGAAGAGAGAACUGACGAUGGCGGGCCAUGGGGUACUUCCACUGCUGCCUCCUCAGUCCCUUAUCUGCAGUGGUUAGCAUUUUCUUCCAAAUUUAAGAUUUCUAACUCCCCUACUUAAAAAUGAACUCUCCAGGGCUUACACGACAAGGGCCACAGCCCUAGAGAAGCUCUCUGUCCCUGGCCCCAUGUCCUUCUGCUGCAUCAUCUGCCCCUAUUACCUUCUCCCCUUUGCUCCCCAUUGUGACUUGCUACUGUUAGACAUGUCCCAAUGACACACUUCUCUUUCCAGGUCCUUCAGGGUGAAUAACUUGAGACUAAGUUGUUACCACUUUGUGAAAUUUUCCUUAUGUACUUGGCACUGUGUACUGCUGGCUCUAGUCCAACCAUAGCCUAUGGGCCACAUAUGGUCAAGGAUAGCUGUGAAUGUGGCCUAACACUAAAUUGUAAAUUUACUUAAAACUUUUUGAGUUGUGUUGUUAUUUUUAAUUUUCACUUUUUUCUGUGUAACUUGAUUGUGCAGCUCUCAAACACGAAUAUUGUAUAUAAUAAAUCAUGUCAUCAUGUUGCAGUAUCAGAAGACUGGCCGUGUGGCAAGUGCAAAGCCUCUGUUAUGGCCUCCUCAUUAUGACACAUUGUACUGGGUACUUUUGUCUUUCUUAUUAGGAUUCCAGGUAGCCAGACUAAUAUAUGCUAUGUUGGAGAAGCCAGCUUCACCAUUUGUAACAUACAGAUAUGCAGGUGAGUUAUUGAUACCUUCUGAGAAUGAUAAUGUACCUGCAGAUUUUAGGCCUGACCUGAUGAUCUAGCCCUAAAAACCUAGACCAGAGAAAACCCAGAGUGAG